CGACGAACAAGAUGGCCACUAUUCUUGUCACUACUAGAGCGGUGUAUGCCAAGACUUUUAACCCAGUGAGGCUGAAAACAUGGACCAUAUGCGGAACAGCUGUGAGAGUCAUUACACGGUCCUUAUGUUCUGGUAAUGGCUCAGACAAUUGGAAAAAUGUGCUUGACUAUUGGUUCAGCCCUGGAGCAGAGAAGAAAUGGUUCCAUGGUGGAACUCAAGUCGAUGAAGAAAUCAGACAAAAGUUUUCAUCUUUGGUUGAAAAAGCUGUGCAGGGAGAACUGAAAGAGUGGGAGACUGAGCCCAAACCAUCAUUGGCAUUGAUCAUUCUCACUGACCAGUUUACUAGAAGUAUUUUCAGGAACAGUGCCAAGGCUUUUUCAGGUGAUGCCAGGGCUAGGGCAAUUGCAAGGAAGUUUAUUGAUGGUAAAACUCACAACCACUUGGAAUUUCCUUUUGCUGAAAGAGGCUUCAUGUAUUUGCCAUUUGAACACAGUGAAAACAAAGAAGAUCAGGAGUUAUCAGUGAGUUUAAUGACCAGGCUAGCAGAAGACUUUAAAGGUACAGAGCAUGAAGACAUGGCCAAAGGGUACAUUGAUUUUGCUACGAGACACAAGGAAGUUAUUGACAAGUUUGGGAGAUAUCCACAGAGGAACAAAUCUUUGGGAAGGGAGAACACACCAGAGGAGGAAGAAUUUCUAAACAACAUUCCAGAUCGCUACAAGUGGUGAACUAGGCUCAAAAAUAUGAAUGAAACCACCUUGAAUCAAAUUAUUUAGCUAGAUUAGUCAAGUGCAAUAUUAGGAUCAUACAUUGCUGACUAGUUAGGCUGACACUUAACCUAAGUUCUGAAGCAGUUGAGGAAAGAGGUUUAGU